GGAUGCAUACACGUAACGAUAGUUGUGUGUGUGUAUUUCUACGUACGCGUACACACGCGUGCAACCGUGCAUCAGCAUUUCGGUUCUUUGCAAUAAUUAGCCUGCCAUAGGACGAUUUCGAGGACGACGUCGUAGGUAUACCCGUUGCGCAUUCGAAACGCAUGUUUGAACUUCGUUUUUAGCAGCGUUCGUUUCUUUCUCCUCCUUCGUUUCGCUGGACGCGUAAAUGACAGAAAUGAGUAAAAUGUUCUUUUCAUUCGUUGCGAAUAAACGUGCACGGUGAUAUUCGAGCAAGUAGCUUUUUCCUACAUACUGUGUAUACCGCGAAUAUAGGAUAUCGAAGUUACUCGAGCAUCGGUCGAUUCCUAUUUCAGAGAAUUUAUCGCUUUCACACGCGGUCGGAAACGAUGACCACAUAUUUGAAUCAUCAUAUUUGAAUCACCGUGAUCGCUGCAACUUACCUUGCGAGAUAGAUUAUCAACAAUAUUUUUAAUGUGAUCGCAUGAUUAUUGACCUGCGUGUUCGGAAAAUUAUAUUAUGAAUAUAUUCAGACUCGCUAUUUUUAUUGACACCAUCACGCUCCAGUCGAUCAUAAGGUUGAUUAUUGCGGCACGCUGAAUCGCUUGUUCGAUAAACGGAGAAACCGACGAUACCUACCACCGUAUGCCGACGAAGUAUAUUAUAUAUUUUUUUUUCAGAGACAUGGAUCCUGAAUGCCUCGCCAGAUUAAUCCCCCAGAACAAGGAGCACGUACGGCCCGCCUGCAAGAAAUGCGGCUACGCCGGACACUUAACCUAUCAGUGUCGCAACUUCAUCAAGAUCGAUCCCAACAAGGAGAUCGUCCUGGACGUGAGUAGCACGAGCUCCGACAGUGACGAGAAUUAUGUCACACCGUUGACAGAGUUGCGUGAGCGCGAGUUGAAGAGGAAGUUGAAAGAGGCCAAGAAGAAGCGCAGGGAGAAGAAAGAAGCCAAGAGGAAGCGUAAGAAACGCGAUAAAUCGGAGGGCAGCGAUAGCAACGGCGAGUUUGAGAGCGAAGAAGAAGAAAAGAAGCGACACAAACGCAAAAGGAGGAAGAAAAGUUCGAAGCACAAGAAACGCAAAAAGCACAGAAAGAACAGUUCGUCCGAGAGCAACAGUGACGCAACAUAAAUCACUCGUGACUCAUGGAUUUUCUUUUCUCGUGUCUUAUGAAUAUAGUGAGUGGUACGCGGUGAAAAAUCCCAAAUAUAAUUGUACAUAUUUGAUUUUUGACGAGAAGACAAUGAGAGAAAAAGACAGAUUUACUUCAAUGUCAAUAUUUAU